AUGGCUUUCGAUCGAGCAAAAUCGUUAUACCGGUCAUGCCCUCUACAGAUCAUCGUAGUAGGCCUAGUCGCCUUCUGCGAACCCGGGAUCUGGACCGCCCUCAACAAUCUCGGAGCAGGAGGCAACGCUAGUCCUUUGCUCAACAACGCAGCAAAUGCAUUGACAUAUGGACUAAUGUCAGUGGGCUGUUUCCUUGCUGGUGGAGUCACCAACAAGAUAACAGCGAAAUGGACCUUAUUCAUCGGAGCUGCAUUUUACACUCCUUAUGCCGCCGGUCUAUACUGCAACAACCGCUAUGGCAACGAGUGGUUCCUUUUACUUGGGGCGGCUCUCUGUGGAAUUGGAGCGUCUCUUCUAUGGGCCAGUGAGGCUGCCAUUGCAGUUGGAUACCCAGAGGAGGAGAAAAGGGGCCGAUAUGUUGGAAUCUGGAUGGGUAUCCGGCAGAUGGGACCACUCGUUGGUGGUGCGAUAUCCCUCGCCCUCAAUGUCAAUACUGCACAUGUCGGAAAGGUUACCUACACAACAUACCUAGGACUUGUUGCCAUUUCGUCCCUCGGUGCUCCAUUUGCAUUGCUGUUAUCGCAGCCAAAGGAUGUUAUUAGAAGUGAUCACACUAAGAUCCCUUACAUGAAGAAAACGACGUUCGGUAUUGAGUUUCGCGCCAUCUGGAGGCAACUGAAGAAUAAGUACAUGCUGUUGCUUAUCCCGGUUUUUCUGGCUGGGCAAUUUGGUACAACUUACCAAGGGAAUUAUCUGACCUCAUAUUUCACCGUCCGCCCCAGAGCGCUUGCAUCUUUCCUGACAGCCGUGGUCGGAGCCUCAGCCAAUAUAUUGACCGGUAUAGCUCUCGACAUUAAUCAUCUUCCCAGAGAAACAAGGUCCAAAGGUGUAUACAUCUUCGUGCUCGUCUUCAUCACAGCAGCAUGGAUUUGGAAUGCCAUCACACAAGUGAAACUAUCCCGCAUGACUGAAGCACCCGCCUUCGACCUAGGCGAUGGUCCCUUCUUCAACUCAGCUUUCGCCGUAUACCUAUUCUUUAAGUUCUUCUAUGAGAUGCUCCAGACUUACAUCUAUUGGCUGAUGGCCGACAUCAAAGGAGCACAAGGUGAUGGCGAUAUCGCGAGAACAACUGGCAUCCUGAGAUCGUGGGAGUCCAUUGGUGGCACCAUUGCCUACGCUGUGGGCGCUACCCACUGGCCUAAUCUGAACCAGAUGGUAUUGGGUUUUUCGUUGUGGGCUUUCACAAUUCCGUUUACGAUUCUUGCUGUCUUUGGUCAUUGGAAUCAGAAUGAGACUGAGACGCAUGAGGAGCAGUCGAAUAUUAGCAGCCUCGAGGCACAAAAUGUUGUUAUCAAUUCUGAAGGCAAGGUGUGA